AUGCAAGUUACUCAGCGGACUAGGGCCACCGUUGGUGUGAGAACGAACAAGAGAAAGCCAAUCAAGAACCCAUUCCGUUCCUCAAAGAACGAGUCACCGAAGAUUGCUCUACCUGCUACACUGAUCUUCCUAUUUUCACUGUUCAUUAUCUUUCUGAUUCCAAAGUCCGUUGACAGAACCAUUCGUAUUGUUACGCAUCAACACGUUGUUGAAGGGCUCCCACUCCCACCGGAGGGGUUUCCGGUGCGUCAGUGGUCGAUUGAAGUUUACCUCCUUGACGAACAAGGGAAUGAAGUUCCAGCCAAUAUCUUUGAUAAAGUCACGUAUCAUCUCCAUCCCACGUUCGCCAACCCAGUGCGUGUGAUCAAGAAGCAGCCUUUCAAGAUUGAAGAGCAAGGUUGGGGUGAGUUUGAACUCGGGAUCACCUUCACCUUUGUCGACAAGGCCGGGGACAGAAAGGUUGCCCACGACUUGAACUUCCUCCAGGAGAAGUACGAGGUUGACCACGUUAUACAUUGCCCUUUGAAGAGUGAAAAGCUAAAAUCCUUGUUGGCAGAGUCAGGUGCUGUCCCAAGUGUCGAUGCUUCUUCAGGAGACAAGCGUAAAGCUACUGGCACUGACUCCAAUAAGGCCAAAAGGGCCAAACCUAGUGGAUCUGCUCUGGCAAAUGCAGUCAAAGGCUCAGUGGAUCUGGAAAAAUUGGCUGAAGGGUUGACAAAGCUCUCUGAGGAUGACCUGUUGGGUGUUGUACAGAUGGUUACAGACAACAGAACACCUGAUAUGAACAUUAAAAAUGACGUUGAAGGCGGUGAAUUCACAAUGGACUUGUACACAUUACCAGACAGCCUGUUGAAGAGCUUGUGGGAGUACGUAAAGAAAAGAAUUGAGUAG